UCGGCAGGCGCCGGGACGCGCAGGGUUUUGACAAAAACAAACGGCGACCGCGCCGUCGGCGGCUCUAUGGCCGAGGCGGUGAGACCCCAGCGCCGGACCAAGGGCAAGGGCAGCCGGACCAAAGUCAAGGAAAAGAAGAAAUCUGAAACUCUUCAGAGAGAAGAGUCUGAUAAUGUGGCUCUUCCCUCAGCCCCCGGGGAGCAGCAGAGCCCAGCUCCGGCAUGGGAAUGCACGGGCGACCCUCUGCAGGCUGUGCCUGGUUCCCCGCUCCAGCCUGAUGCCCGUGCACAGGGCGAGCUUGCCUUGGUCGAUGUGCCACUCACCUCCCUGACCCUAAGUGAUGAAGGGUCUCUGGUGUGUACGGGGGGCACCCCACAGAAAGAGGAGGAGGCCAGAGGCUGUGUUGGAGACGACGCAGCCCAGCCGCAGGUCAGUUCCGGACUUGCUGUUGGAACCCAAGGAGAGACCCUCAAGGACUUCAGUGCAAUGGAGAAAGAGAAUGUGGCGCAGAGUGGGCUUCCUGGCUUACUGUCUGGUAUUCCAUCUGCUCAGCAGGAGAUGGAAAAGGUACAGGGCAGAGAAACUCUGCCCAGGGGAGAAGAGAAAGUGGGUCUGAGUCUUCCUUCAGAGGUGCCAUGCCAUGUGGGCCUGCAGAGUUCUUGCGAAGCCAAAGACGUUUUCCGGACCCCUAAGGUGAAAACUCUGUACCCGCCGUUGCCCGUCGGAGUAGCGGAGGUGCCAUCCUUGGUGGUGGCGGCGAAGCCCUCGCUUCGCCACGAGCGACUCUACCCGGAGCUCCCGGACCAGCCGGACCUUGUCCCGUUUACCAAAGAGCAGCUGAAAAUCUUUGAGCCCGGCUCGUGGCUGGAGAAUGUGGAGGCCUACGUGGAGGAGUUUGACAGCCUGGCCCACCAGGACCGGCAUGAGUUUUACGAGCUGCUGUUGAACUACUCGCGCUGCCGGAAGCAGCUCCUCCUGGCGGAAACGGAGCUGCUCACACUCACCGCCGACUGCCAGAGUGCCCGGAGCCGGCUGUGGCACUUUAAGGAGGAGCAAGUGUCUGUGCAGGGCAUCUGUGCGGAUCAAGUGAAAGUUUCGGGUUACCACCGUUUCCAGAGAGUGGAGAUGAGCGAGGGUGCCCUGGCGGAGCUGCGGAGGCUGUUUGAUGCCAAGUCAGAGCACCUGCACCAGACGCUGGCCCUUCACUCCUACACGUCUGUGCUCUCGCGGCUGCAGGUGGAGUCCUAUGUCUAUGCGCUGCUCAGUAGUCCGCCUGUCCUUCGGGCUCUAGCCGUGCAUAAGCAAGGCCAAGCUUCCAAGCAGACGGAAAGCAUUCCCUCUGAUCUUUAUCAGCUAAAGGAGUGCAUUAGUGUCUUAUUCAUGUUCACCAGGAGAGUUAAUGAAGAUGCUCAGUUCCACGAGGAUAUUCUUCUCUGGCUGCAGAAACUGGUGUCAGUGUUACAGAAAGUCGGCUCUCCUGGAGAUCACCUCUUCCUUCUGAACCAUAUUCUUCGGUGCCCGGCUGGUGUCAGCAAAUGGGCUGUCCCUUUCAUCCAGAUCAAAGUGUUGAAUAGCCCAUCUGGGGUGUUUCAUUUUAUGCAGUCCCUUGCCCUGCUAAUGUCUCCUGUCAAAAACCGAGCGGAGUUCCUGUGCCACAUGAGGCCCAGCGACGGGAAGGCAUCGUCCUCGGGGCCUGCCUCUGGAUCCUGGACGCUCGUCGAUGAGGGAGGAGAAGAGGACGAAGAUCCUGAGGCCAGUUGGAUCCUCCUAAAUGAGGAUGACCUCGUUACUCUCUUGUCCCAGUUCCCAUUCCAAGAACUCUUUCAGCAUCUUCUUGGGUUUGAAGCCAAAGGUGAUUAUUUACCCGAGACGACAAGACCUCAGGAGAUGAUGAAAAUGUUUGCCUUUGCCAACUCGUUAGUGGAACUUCUGGCUGUGGGCUUGGAAACCUUUAAUAGAGCUCGCUACCGACAGUUUGUGAAGCGCAUCGGUUAUAUGAUCAGGAUGACCCUCGGCUAUGUGAGUGACCACUGGGCGCAGUAUGCCAGCUGCAACCACAACCUGGGAUCGGCCGUACAAUCGCCCUUCUCCACGGCCAAACUGCAGCUGGAGUUUGAUGAGCUGUUCCUGAGAGCUGUUCUGCAUGUGCUGAAAGCCAAAAGACUUGGCAUCUGGCUGUUCAUGUCUGAAAUGCCCUUCGGGACGCUAUCGGGGCAGAUGCUCUGGAAGCUCUUCUACCUCAUGCACCAGGUGGAGAGCGGGAACCUGGAGCGGCUCAGCGCCACUCUGCAGCCUGCCGAGUGCAAGAAGCACCUGCAAGACCCAGAACAUUUUGUGAACUUUGAGAAGUGUCUUUCAUCCAUGAAUAGCUCGGAAGAGAUUUGCCUUCUCACUACCUUUGCUCAGAUGGCUCAGGCCAAAAGAACCAAUGUGGAUGAAGACUUCAUCAAAAUCAUCGUUCUGGAGAUAUAUGAGGUCUCUUAUGUCACACUCUCCACCCGAGAGACAUUUUCGAAGGUUGGUCGUGAGCUGUUAGGGGCCAUUACGGCUGUUCAUCCUGAGAUCAUUUCUAUCCUUCUGGAUAGAGUUCAAGACACUAUUGACCAGGUUGGAAUGGUUUCUUUAUAUUUGUUCAAAGAACUGCCUCUGUAUCUCUGGCGACCUUCUCCUUCUGAGAUAGCUGUGAUUCGGGAUUGGUUGUUGAAUUAUAACCUGACAACAGUGAAGAAUAAAUUGGCCUGUGUCAUCCUAGAAGGACUGAAUUGGGGAUUUGGUGAACAGGACACCCUUCACCUGGGCCAGGCCGUCCAUGCCGAGGUGGCUCUACUGGUCCUAGAGGCACAUCAGAAGUUCCUGGCCCAGAAGCCGUAUGCUGGGCUGCUCUCCGAGAGCAUGAAGCAGGUUUCCUAUUUGGCCAGUAUUGUCCGGUAUGGAGAGACCCCUGAGACCUCAUUUAAUCAGUGGGCCUGGAACUUGAUCUUGAGGUUAAAGCUGCACAGAAAUGAUUACGGAGCACAGCAGAAUGCCCCAGCAGUUCCUCUCGCCAGUGCGGUGCCCGACAUGACGGAGUCGCCCACGUUCCACCCGCUCCUGAAGGCUGUGAAGGCUGGCAUGCCCAUUGGCUGUUACCUGGCCUUAGCCAUGACAUCUGUGGGCCACAGCAUUGAGAAGUUCUGCGCCGAUGGCAUCUCCCUGCUGGGUGUGCUGGUGCAUUCCCGUCAUCUGAGAGCCGUGGUCCAUGUCCUGGACAAGAUCCUGCCGCUGUUCUACCCUUGCCAGUGUUACCUGCUGAAGAACGAGCAGUUCCUGGCCCAUCUCCUCUUGUUCCUCCACCUGGACAGCGGCGUCCCGCAGGGUGUCACGCAGCAGGUCACCCACAAGGUGGCGCAGCAGCUGACAGGAGCCAGUCACGGGGAGAACGUGAAGCUUCUCAACAGCGUGAUCCAGGCCCACAUAGCGGUCAGCACUCAGCCCAACCAGGUGGGUCCCAUUGCCGUCUUGGAGUUCUGGGUUCAGGCCCUCAUAUGCCACCAUCUUUGGUAUCGGGAGCAGCCCAUCCUCUUCCUCAUGGACCAGCUGUGUAAAACAGCCUUUCAGCUGACGCAGGAAGACUGUGUGCAGAAGUUGCUCUACCAGCAGCAUAAGAAUGCUCUGGGCUACCACUGUGACCGCAGUCUCCUCUCCUCGCUGGUGAGCUGGAUCGUGGCAGGCAACAUCACGCCUUCCUUUGUGGAGGGCUUGGCCACGUCCUCCCAGGUCUGGUUUGCGUGGACGGUCCUGAACAUGGAGUCCAUCUUUGAAGAAGACUCCCAGCUCCGAAGAGUUGUGGAAGGGGAGCUGGUCAUCAGCCCUGCUUUCACCCCGGACCAGGCUCUGAAGAAAGCGCAGGCCCAGCUGAAGCUCCCCAUCGUCCCUUCCCUUCAGCGGCUGCUGAUUUACCGCUGGGCCCACCAGGCCCUCAUCACGCCUUCUGACCACCCUCUCCUGCCACUCAUUUGGCAGAAGUUCUUCCUCCUGUACCUUCACCGCCCGGGACCGCAGUACGGGCUGCCCAUUGAUGGCUGCAUUGGAAGAAGAUUCUUCCAAAGCCCAGCUCAUGUUAAUUUGCUGAAAGACAUGAAGAGGCGCCUGACCGAGGUGGCUGACUUCCACCACGCAGCGAGCAAGGCCCUCCGUGUUCCAGCAGAGGGCAGCGAAGGACUGCCGGCCGGUCAGCCUGCCACCCCUGGCCACCUGACGUCCCCGGCCUUGCACACGGAGCUCGUGAGGCUCUUCAAUGUAUAUAUGUUAUGGCUAGAAGAUGAGACUUUUCAGAAAGGAGACACCUAUAUCCCUUCUCUACCAAAGCAUUAUGAUGUCCACAGGCUCGCCAAAGUGAUGCAGAAUCAGCAGGAUCUGUGGCUGGAGUAUGUGAACAUGGAGCGCAUCGCCCAUGAGUUUGACGAAUCUGUCAGGCUGUGGACACAGGUGAAGUUCGAAUCCCAUUCUGCACCCUGCAGCUUGUCUGUACAGCUGGAUUUCACUGACCCUCUGCUGGCCAAGGAGAGGGUUCUGAGUAAUCUGCGAAAGCACGAGGCGCCCCAUCCUCCCCUGGCCCUGUACCCAGCCAGGCCUCCGGUACCCGUGAUCGUCCCUGCCAUGCUCCUGAGUCAGAAGGACACCACCCAGCUGGUGCGCACGGACCUGAAUGUGCUGCAACAGCAGGCCAGAACUGCCGCUCUUUGGGAAUCUCAGCAGGUUGCCCUGGAUAGCGAGCUGCUGGACACGAUACCCAAACAGUAUGUCAACCGAGAAGAGCAGGUCACGCUACACCUGGAGUGUCGAGGCAGUGGUGGGAAGAAGUGCCAGGGAGCAGCAACUGUCACAGUCCAGUUUGAAGGUAUGUAUAAGAAUGAAGCCGUAAGCCAACAACUUCAUGUUUUGCGAAAAGAAGUGAAGCAGUUACAAGCCGAAGCUGCUAAGCCACCAUCUCUUCAUGUUGUGGAAGCUGCUGUGCACGCAGAAAACUUGAUCACGGCUCUUGUGAAUACCUACAAGCUGCAGCCCAGCCCCGGCGUCCAGAAGGUGGGCAUCAGCCUCUUCUUUACUGUCGUGGAUUACGUUGGCGAGGAGACCCAGCGGCACCCACCCACCAGGCAGUUCUUUACAUCCUGCAUUGAGAUCUUGGGCCAGGUGUUCAUCAGUUGCACAAAGUCCGAGUGUCAAAAGGUGCUCCAGACCAUCCUGAAGAACAGAAGGCUCUGCUCUCUGCUCUCCCCAUUCUUCACUCCUAACGCUGCCCCCGCCCAGUUCAUCCAACUAUACGAGAAGGUGGUGGCGUUCCUAAGUGAGGACAAUAGUGAUGUGAUUUUCAUGCUGCUGACCAAGUUCGAUCUUAAGCAGUGGCUGCACAGCAUGAAGCCUCCGCUGUCAGAUCGCACCAGGCUCCUGGAGUCCAUUCAUCUGGCCCUGACUGCCUGGGGCCUCGAACCUGAGGACGACAUUCUGAUGCCCUUUAACCUGUUCUGCAAACACUGGACUUACCUCCUCCUCUACCAGUUCCCUGACCAGUACAGCGACAUCCUCCGGCUACUGAUGCAAAGCUCCGCUGAGCAGCUGCUGAGCCCCGAGUGCUGGAAAGCCACGCUGAGAGCCCUGGGCUGCUGCACCCCGGACUGCCACCAGGGGGCAGCUGUUGCAGAGAGCUCCAUGCGCCCAAGUUUCCCAAAUGCUCUUUUGUCUGACAAGCAGGUGAUGGAGACGAUACAGUGGCUCUCAGACUUCUUCUAUAAGCUUCGGUUAUCCACACUGGACUUCAAAAGCUUCGGGUUAUUUUCCAAGUGGAGCCCAUAUAUGGCUGAUGUGAAGACGCUCCUGGGCUACCUGGUGAAAAGGCUGCUUGACUCAGAAAUGGCCAGCUUGGCCCAGGACCCGUCCGCCGACAGCAAAGCAGUGCUAAGGUACCUGCAUUCGGUGAUCAUCCAGCUUUUUAAGCCAUGGAUCCUGGUUUUGGAGGACAAUGAUAGCAACCAGCGGCUCUACCCCUGGCUGGAGAGCGAUGCUGUCGUAGCCACAGGCCUUGUGCAGCUGCUGGCUGAUUGUGUGGACGCCUUGCACCAGGGCUUCAAAGACAAGCUGCUGCCAGGGGAUGAAGGUGUUCUCCGGCUUCACCUGCUGCAUUACUGUGAGGCGUGCACCGCGCCCCAGAUGCCAGAGUUCACGCUCUAUGCCUUCCACAGUGCAUACCGCAAGCUCCCAUGGCAGGACCUGCACCCGGACCCCCUGCUCAUGGAGGCCUUCUUCAAGGUGGAACGGGGCAGCCCCAAGAGCUGCUUCCUGUUUCUGGGCUCCGUCCUGUGUGAAGUCAACUGGGUCAGCGUGCUGUCUAACGCCUGGGGUCCCAGGCCCCACCCUGAGACCCGGAGCAUGGUCGUCUGCCUCCUUUUCAUGCUGGUUCUCUUGGCCAAGGAAGAUGAACUAGUUGAGCAGACGGAUUCGCCUCUCCUUAGUCUCCUUGGUCAGACAAGCUCUCUUUCGUGGCAUCUUGUGGACAUGGUGUCGUACCAGAGCGUCCUGGGUUAUUUCAGCAGCCACUACCAGCCAUCCAUCGUCCUGGCAAAGGAGUCUUCCGCAGAAUUUGUCAUGAAGCUCCUGAAAGCAUCUGCAGGGCUUUCUGUCCCCACUGAUGGCCAAAAGCAUAUCGAUGCAGUUCCAAAAUGCCAGGCCUUUGUUCAUCAGAUGGUGCAGUUCCUGAGCUCCCUGGAACAGAGUGGGAAGAUCACCUUAGCAGUUCUGGAACAGGAGAUGGCUAAGCUUCUCGACGAUAUCAUUGUCUUUGACCCACCUGACAUGGACAGCCAGACCCGCCACAUGGCCCUGAGUGGCCUCUUCAUGGAAGUGCUCAUGAUGCUGAACCACGCCACUCUCCCGACAGCCGAGUUCCUGCGGGGCAGCGUCCGGACAUGGAUCGGGCAGAAGGUGCACGGGCUGGUGGUGCUGCCCCUGCUCACCGCAGCCUGCCAGAGCCUGGCUUCCGUCCGCCACAUGGCCGAGACCACGGAAGCCUGCAUCGCGGCCUACUUCAGGGAAGACUCGCUCCAUCAGAACCCAGGCUGGGGCCCCAUCCUGGUGUCGCUUCAGGUGCCUGAGCUCACCAUAGAGGAGUUCCUGCAGGAGUGCCUGAACCUGGGCAGCUACCUGACGCUCUACGUCUAUUUGCUUCAGCGUUUGAACAGCGAGCAGACGCUGAGGAACGAGAUGAAAGUGCUGCUCCUCCUAAGCAAGUGGCUGGAGCAGGUGUACCCGAGCUCCACAGAGGAAGAGGCCAAGCUGUUCUUGUGGUGGCACCAAGUCCUGCAGUUGUCCCUGGUCCAGGUGGAGCAGAAUGACACGGUUCUGACGGGGUCCGUCAUUCGGAUUCUGCUCCUGCUACAGAGCCGGCAGAGCCUGGUGGCGGAGGAGAGGCUCAGCUCCGGGCUCCUGGGGGCCAUUGGCUUGGGCCGCAAGUCGCCUCUGUCUAACAGGUUCCGCGUGGUUGCCCGAGGCAUGGCCGCCUUCCUCUGUGUUCAGGUGCCUGCCGAGGAUCAGAUCCGCCUAAAGCCUGGCUCUGAAUUACAUCUGACACCGAAAGCUCAGCAGGCCCUGAGUGCGCUUGAGUCCCUGCCGUUGAGUAAGCAGUACGUGGAAUACCAGGAACAGAUCUCCCAGGCCGCUCACUUCAUCCGGCAGCCUGGCCACUGCCUCCAGGAUGGAAAGAGCUUCCUAGCUCUCCUGGUGAACUGUCUCUACCCGGAAGUGCACUACCUGGACAACAUCCGGUAGCCCCCAAGACUGUUUACAUGCGCCUCCGCGGAGCCGGGCAGCUCCGGUCUCUGCUGUGCGUGGAUGCCUGGGUCUGUGCCAGGGGCUGCGAGCUGCUCUGUCCCCUGAGCCCCAGGGUACACAGCCUCCACCGGGUGUAGCGCAGCUCACAGUGAAGCCCGGCUCAUGUGCAGGGCGCCCCAGGGAGGCUGGGUUAUGCCGCUCCACCUGCAGCCCCAUUUCACGUUAUACUCAGGACUCCUUGCGCCAGACCUCACUGCUCGGGGAACUCUGUAGAAUCCUCACCUGGGACCCCCCCCCCGAUGCUCCAUCAGAGUCAAAGAUGCUUUGGCAGGCUCUGCAUCUCUCACGUGGGGGGAACUGCAUGGGCUCUCUCAACGGGAGAUCAGAAUGCAGAGUCCUGGUCAGUCAUCUGAGACAUGGCCCCCUUGAUCCUAAUGCCCAUGGCCGGGCAGAGGGAAGGACCCGUCCAGUUCCACGAGUGCGCCUCCUGGCAGCAUUGUCACCCGCCUCCUGAGGGCACCCUAUGGUGUUCUGAGCUCGCUGCACAGCCUUCUGGUUGGAGGGUAGAGGAGAGGAGGCAGGUCGGUUUCCUCUGGGCAGCCUCUCCCAUUCCCUGCCCACAGCCAGCGUCCACCAUCGAAGGUGACACUAAAGUAACUUAAGACAACUCAACUCUUGGUGAGUCCAGGCUGCAGUAUUGCAGGUGCUGCAGCUGCCAGGCAGACAAUAGGAGCUUGAUUCUGGCCCCUUCUUGCCUCUUCACUCCACAGUGCAGCCUGGAGGGAAUUAGCAAACCUGCUGAAAUCUGCUCCAUGGCACAUGGGGCCGGGCAGGGGACUUGGCAGAGAUGUGGCCUCUUACCAGGAGCCCCGCACCUUUUGGGACCCACAGUCCCACACUUUAAUCCUUCGUCCUGCCACUUGGCCUGCUCUUUCCUUCGGGAAUCAACAGUUUGACUCCGGUCGUCGUAUUUGUCAUUCGGUGGGCUCAGCAUGGAUUCUGUUUCUCCAGCAGGCCUAGUGCUUUGCUGUCAUGGGUUCACUGUCACCCAAGGACAUUGACCCGCAUACUUCUGAGUGCUUUUGGGAGACGGGGCUCUACCAUGCUUCAGAGUGAUGCGUCUCUCUUCCUUCCUGAGUGCUGCUUCCAAUGUUUGGAAGCCUGUAGAAGCUGCUGCUUUUUUUUUUUUUUAAUACUUCCUGAGUUGGAUGGGAAGAUUCUGCCUCGUUGACGUGCUGAGAUGAAGGUCAUCUCUGUCCCUCGGCCUUCAGCCCUCCCUGCUAUGGUGGCUGUGGCCAUCUCCAAGAGGAAGCACUUGGCUCAGAGCCUCCCCAGGGGCGUUUCCUCCUCUCUGAGCAGCCGUCUGCCCCCCUGCAGUGUGGAGGGAACCCUCAGAAGCUGCAGACAGCUUGCUGUGCUGGUUCAGCAUAAAAGAAUUUCCAUCAGGGAGUAUUCUGUGUUCUGUGUCCUUCGAGGAGGAUGCAACGAUCAGUACCCUAGAAUGUGAACAUUUUGAGUGACAGUAUAUCCACUUUAAAGAAAAAUUAUGCGUAAUCUGUUCAUUUUUGAAGGUUUAUAAUAUUUAUAAUGUAUUUGGUCUGUAAAGAUGAUUAAAAAAAUAAAAUCAAUCUUUGGUUGUAG